UUCUUCUUCUUCUACGUUGGCCCCCAACACCUGAACGGCGGCGGCUAUUUAGCUGGGCUAGCGACAUUUUAUUAAUGUUAUUUGGCAAGCUUUUGUUGAAAUAAAACGUAAACAACUGAGUAUUAUUCUCAAUAAUAAUAGCUGCAGGCAUUGGCCGCAAAUAACGAAUUGACGAAUCAAAAACCAAAACAGACUCUACAAUAUGGUGUCUAUCCAAAGACGCAGCUGGAUGGCAGCCGGCGGCUACCAGACGUUGUCGCUGUCGCUGCUGCUGUGCAUCAUGGCAUACCAUAUGCCCGGCAGCGAUGGAGCCGCUGUCAUGUCCGUUGAUCUGGGCAGCGAAUGGAUGAAAGUGGGCGUCGUAUCGCCCGGUGUGCCAAUGGAAAUCGCGCUCAACCGUGAGUCCAAGCGCAAAACACCGGCCAUACUCGCGUUCCGGGACAAUACGCGCACCUUUGGCGAGGAUGCCCAAACAAUUGGCAUACGCGAACCGUCGGCUGCAUAUGGCUACCUGCUCGAUUUGCUGGGCAAGACCAUCGAUAAUCCCAUUGUUGAUCUGUACAGAAAACGCUUUCCCUACUAUACCAUUGUCGGCGACAAGGAGCGCAAUACGGUUGUGUUUGUGAAGAGCGACACCGAGGAGUUUAGCGUGGAGGAGCUCAUUGCCCAAAUGCUGGGCAAAGCCAAGGAAUUCGCACAGGAAUCAACACAGCAGGUGAUCACCGAGUGUGUGCUGACCGUGCCCGGCUACUUUGGGCAGGCGGAGCGCGAGGCUCUGCUGGCGGCUGCCCAAUUGGCCAACCUGAAGGUGCUGCAGCUGAUCAACGACUAUGCGGCCGUUGCGCUCAACUAUGGUGUAUUCCAUCGUGGCGAGCUCAACGAGACGGCACAGUACUUCCUCUUCUACGAUAUGGGCGCCUACAAGACAUCCGCCGCGGUGGUUAGCUAUCAGUUGGUCAAGGACAAGCAGACCAAGGAGACAAAUCCGGUGGUGCAGGUGCUGGGCGUUGGCUAUGAUCGCACGCUGGGCGGCCUCGAUAUACAGUUGCGACUGCGCGAUUAUCUGGCCAAGGAGUUCAAUGCGCUGAAGAAGACCAAAACUGAUGUCACCGGCAGCCCACGGGCGCUGGCCAAGCUGUUCAAGGAGGCGGGUCGCUUGAAGAACGUGCUGUCGGCCAAUAACGAUCACUAUGCCCAGAUUGAGAAUCUGCUGGAGGAUCAUGACUUCAAGCUGCAGGUGACGCGCGAAAAACUGGAGGAGCUGUGCGCCGAUCUGUGGCCACGCACCACCAAGCCGCUGGAAGAUGCACUGGCCACAUCCAAUCUGUCGCUGGAUGUGAUCAAUCAGGUUAUACUAUUUGGCGGCGGCACUCGGGUGCCACGUGUCCAGGAGACCAUCAAGCAGCUGAUCAAACAGGAGCUGGGCAAAAAUCUUAAUGCCGACGAAUCGGCAACUAUGGGCGCCGUCUACAAGGCAGCCGACUUGUCCAGCGGCUUCAAGGUGAAGAAGUUUAUCGUCAAGGAUGCGGUGUUGUUCCCUCUGCAAGUGGCAUUUGAGCGUGAUCCCGGCGAUGGUGCUGCCGUUAAGCAGGUGAAGCGCGCCCUGUUCGCCCUAAUGAAUCCUUAUCCGCAGAAGAAGGUCAUCACCUUUAAUAAGCAUACGGAUGACUUUGAGUUCUAUGUCAACUAUGGGGAUUUGGACCGUUAUAGCAAGGAGGAGAUCGCAGCGAUUGGUAGCCUGAAUAUAACAAGUGUUCAAUUGCAAAAGGUCAAGGAGCUGUUGGAGAAAUCGAAAAAGGAUAUGGUCGACAAUAAGGGCAUCAAGGCGUACUUCUAUCUGGAUGAUUCCGGCAUUUUCCGUUGCACCGGCGUCGAGUACGUUUACGAGAAGCAAAAGGUCGAGGAGGAACUGGACGAGGACAGCACCUUGGCCAAACUGGGCAGCACCAUUAGCAAACUGUUCACCAAGGAGACGGAAAAGGCAGCCGGCGAUGGUAACGAAACGCCAACAGCCGACCAGGAGGCCACCGAGGAGCCAAACGAGACCAAGCCCGAGGAUGACAGCAGCAAGAAAUCCGGCGACAUCAACGAUUCAGCCGCAAACAAUAAAAUCGACGAAGAUAUCAAACCGGAUGCCAAAAAUGAGACUGUCAAGCUAGUUACCAUCAAAUUGCCGGUGUCGCACAAGACCCAGCUGCAGUUCACGCCGCCAUUGAGCGGCAGCGGCUAUGAGGAUGCCCUGGCCAAGCUGCAGGCCAUCAACAAGGUGGAGGAGGAGCGUGUACGUUUGGAGUCCGCAUUCAAUGCCCUCGAAUCACACAUCAUUGAGGUGCAGCAGAAGCUGGAGGAGCAGCCGUAUGCCGACUGUGCCACCGCCGAGGAGAAGAGCAAACUGUUGGCCGAGUGCAGCAAGCUGGCCGAGUGGCUGUACGAGGAUGUUGAGAACCCCAAGCCGGAGUUGUACGAGGAGAAGCUGGCACAGCUGAAGAAGCUAUCGAAUGUAUUCCUUGCACGCCACUGGGAGCACGAGGAGCGUCCGGAUGCGAUCAAGGCGCUGAGGGGCAUGAUCGAUGGCGCUGAAAAGUUCCUUGUCACUGCACGCAAUCUCACCAAGGAGACCAAUCCCGAUAAGGAUGUCUACACACAGGUGGAGAUCGAAACGCUCAGCAAGGUGAUUAGCGACACGGGCUCAUGGCUGAAAACCGAGGGCGCCGCCCAAAAGAAGCUCGCACGCAGCGCGGAUGUGCGUUUAACUGUCAAGGAUAUAACCGAUAAAAUGGGCCUGCUCGAUCGCGAGGUCAAAUAUCUGGUGAACAAGAUCAAGAUCUGGAAACCCAAGGUUAAGCCCGACAAGGAGAAGAAGCCCAAAGAGACUGAUGCUGGCGACGAGGCAGCUGCGGCCCAAGGCAGCGGCAGCGGCAGCGGUGACAACAGCGACAAUCCGGACAAGGACCAAGCUGAGGCACCCAGCACCGAGAAACAGCAGGCGGAUGGGGAGGAGGAGAAGGUGAACGCCACGCCCACAGUUGAGACCAAUACGCCACAUGGCGAACUCUAAAGCAUGACAUCACUAGAAUAUCACCAGUAGGAGCAGGCGAAAGAAAUAGAGAGAGAGAGAGAGAGAGCGACAGAGAGAGAUGGCGAGAGAAUCAGAGCCAAACAGAACGCAGGACGAAAUGCAAAUAGUAAGAAAAGUGGGCGGGGAAAAAUUGGUGCGUAUAAUUCAUUGGGCCCGGUCAGCCAAUUGUUCGGGUUGGGCGAAGGAUGACGGGUUGGGGGACCUGUGAAAUUGAUUGAUUGGUGUGCUAGGGGGGAAGAGUUGGCUAACGGAUUCGAAGCGCCCAAAGCAUUUCGUACACUAAAGAAAAGAAAGAAAAAACAACAGCGUUCAGUGUAUUUUGUUUUUUUUUUUUUUUUAUUUAAAUUAUUAUUUUGUUCAAACUAGCUAAUGGCGGGGUUAAAUUAUGCUAUCGUAAACUUAAAUCUAAAACUAAAGAAAUUUAAUGAAAUGUAUAAAUUCAACUUUCAUUCCGUCGUGCUUUAAGUUCUUCAUUCUAUAUAUGCGUGGAUAUAUUAUCUAAAUAAAUAAAAAUAAAAAGACUUGAAGUACUCAAAA